AUGAAUGCCAGCGUUGAUGCAGUCGAUCCAGGAAGUGGAGUGAAGCAAGUCACUGCGCUGUGGCUCGGUAAAGUUGCUUCAGCAACUGCGCUCGAAGCGGUGAGGUGGAGUGAACGGAAGUAUCGAAGUGAAGGGCCCCGAUUUAUUCAAUUAUUUACUUCGAUAAAUAAGGGCGCCAAUGAGCGCCUCAGCUCUCCCCCUCCCCACAGUACAUUUUACCCGCUGUGGGAAAUUGAAGACGAGGCUAAGACGUGCCACACUCCUUACACGGAAAGUGCAGUGAAACAACGCCCACUCAAACCAUAUGGGUCCUGCGACGAACGUGAUUGGGCAUUCCAAUGCGCGACGGCGCUCGCAAUUUUUGCACCAGCUUUUUGCGAAUGA